UCGUCGCCCAUGUGCAAAACAUUGCUCAUCCCAUGGACUUCUCUUACAGCUGAAAUUCGUCGCAGAAAUGUCAACCAAAUAAAAGUGAAAGUCCAUCAGUGAACUAAUUCAGUUGUUAAAUAUCACCUCGUUAUCGUGCUGAUGAAAAAACAUCGAGUGAGCAAAAUAAAGCUAAGCAAUAUAAAAUCAACAUAAUUCUUGUCAUGCUGGGAUACUGAAAAUUAUCACCAACCUUCGACUACAGUCGGGAGUGUUCGAGAAAUUCCGUAAUUCUUCAUUUCCCGCCAUUAAGAGCGCACUCCUUUCGGUUUGUGAUAUCAUAUCAGUUAUUCUCUCGUGGCUCAAGAGGCAACAUUGUAAAGAUGUACCACUCUGCAGAAUUUAAUAACGGACUUGUGGAAGUUUUCCGUGUUGUUCUCACAGUGGAAUUGACGCAUUGCAGUCAGAAGUCGGAUAUUACUUUUCCUCCUUGGCUUUUCAAUACCUGUUGAAUCAAUCUCAAUGAAAUAAGCAAAACUGUGAGGUGAGAAAUAAUUUGUUACCCCGACUCGGACGAUUAUCAUAAUUCGGAAUGUCGCUAUCCAAAAAUAUUCUCAAAUUUGUGAAAAAACCUUUGGUUUUCAACUCUCUCAUCUAUGGAUCCUUCUACACAAGUGCUGAAUUUCUUCAGCAGACGUAUCAACUACAAGAGCGGAAAAAAGAAAUCUCAGCGGCCAGAGCACUAACUGUUGCUGAGAGUACAACUCCACUGGUUGUUAUUGGAUCACAAAGUCAGUCGGUCAUGGAUUCAAGUGAAAAAGGAAAAGCAACGGAUACAACGUUAGAUGAAGCUGGCUAUAACUGGCCUGUUCUGCAAAGAUACGUUGUCUACGGGUAUUUUUUGGCAGGACCAAUACUCCAUCAAUGGUACCUGUGGCUGGACCGUUUUUACGUUGGAACAGCUGGUGCAACUUUAGUGAAGAAAUUAUUCUUCGAUCAGUUCAUCCUCACUCCACCAUUAAUAGUGCUAUUUUUCAGUAGCAUGAGUCUAAUGGAGGGGAAGGAGGACCUCCUCGGAGAGUGUAAAGCAAAAUUUAUUAAAACAUUCCAGACCUCCUGUCUUUACUGGUUGCCGAUGCAAUUCAUUAAUUUCCUGAUAAUUCCUGCGAAAUUUCGUGUGGUCUUCGUCAGCGUCGCCGCAUUCCUCUGGGUGAACAUACUAUGCCACCUCAAGCGAGCGCCUAUCGCCAACAAUGAACAAUAAUGCCUCAAGAGCAAUAAAUUUCUGUGAAAUGAAUUUCUCUAAUCACUAAAGAUGGUAAUGAAAAUAUUUCUUCUUUCGUUUCGGCUGGUUCCGAUGAAUUAUUUAAUACUUAUUGGACAUGCUGGGAAAUAAACGGAAUCACAUUCUUUCAAUGAUAAAACAA